AGCUUGAACGAUGCGCUUCCUCUCGUUACGUUGGUUUUUUUUGUUUGUGAAUUUUGACGAAAAUGAUAUCGUGUGUGAUUUUGUGUGGCAUGAAAUAUGGAAAAAUUUGGGUGCAGUGACCUGAUAACUAGCUCGUUACGCAAGGUUUUUCUGCGCGUGAGCCGAUCUUAACUCAGAAUGACGUCACGAUUGGAUCGAUUAUUCGUGCUGUUGGAGGCGGGGGCAGGGCCGGCGACGAGACGGGCGGCGGCUCGGCAGCUGGGGGAGAUCCAGAAGGCACACCCUGAGGAGCUGCACCGACUAUUGGGCCGGCUGAUGAAGCACCUACGCUCGCCUGCAUGGGAAACUAGGAUCGCUGCCUCACAGGCGGUGGAAGCGAUACUGUCGAAUGUUCCAGAAUGGCACCCCUCGCCGCUCGUCACUGCGAAAGAAGAGAAGUCGGAAGAGGACGUGAGCCGUUUGAGGUGCGAGACGUUCGACAUCGAGCGUGUUUUGCGGCAUGGCGCCCACCUGAUGGGCUCCGAAGGUCGGGAGUACGACUUUGACGAGGAGGCGGUGCCCGCUGCAGACAUGAAGGAGCGGCUAGCAAAACAGCGGCAGCAGCUAAACGCGCGGCUUGGGCUGGACGUGGCCUGCAAACUGGGAGUGGACCUCACCUCCAUGUACUCCAACGAAGACCUGUGCCCCGUCAAGGUGCAGCCUGUCAAGAUUGAGAUGCCCAGGAGACCAGUCCAAGAGUUAGUCCAAGUGACGUCAUCCAAACCUCUGAGCUCCCGCGAGAUGAACCUGGCGAAGCGCAAGGCUCGGCAGGCGUUGUGCAAGCAGAAGUCCCGCGACUGCAGCGAGGAGCCGCCCACGCCGCCAGCGGAGCCCGACCGCAAGAAGAUGCGCUUCGACCCGCCCGAAGACUUCUCCGUGGAGUGUUCAGCCCCAGUCCCCGACUGCUCAGGCGCAUGGGGCGAGUCAGCGCGAUGGCCGUUGGAGAGCUGGUGCGGGGCGUUGGAAGCCCAGCUGUUCAGCGCCGCCUGGGAAGCCAGGCACGGAGCCGCCAGCGCGCUGCGGGAGUUGCUACGAGCCAGGGUUGUGAACACUGCCGGCUACCAGGCCAACAUGACUCGGGAACAGAAUGAAGAUGCGCAUCAAGAAUGGUUGGAGGACGUGGCGCUGCGAUUGCUCUGCGUUUUAGCAUUGGAUCGCUUCGGGGAUUUUGUUUCUGAUCAGGUGGUGGCGCCAGUCCGCGAGACGUGCGCGCAGACGCUGGGCGUGGCGCUGGCGCACAUGCGCGCGGGCCGCGUGCGCGCCGUGGCCGCGCUGCUGGCGGCGCUGGCGCGGCAGCCGCAGUGGGAGGCGCGCCACGGGGCGCUGCUCGGGUUCAAGUACCUGCUGGCGGCCAGGCAGGACGUGGCCUGCGAAACCGGCGCACUUGAACACCUAAUCAACGGUCUGGGCGACACAGCUGAGGACGUGUCCGCCGUGGCGGCGGGAGCGCUGGCCCCCGCGGCCGCCGCCCUGGCGCAGGCGCGGCCCGCGGCGUUACCUCAUGUGGUGGCCAGACUGUGGCAGCUGCUACACGAACAGGAUGAGUUGGCUGCCCCUGCCAACUCGUACAUGGCGCUGUUGGCAUCCCUGAUGGCACUACCACAAGCUGCCAAACUAUUGCAUCCCAUCGACCUGACCGACGUGUUGCCUCGCUUGUGGCCGUACCUGGAUCAUUCCACCAGUUCAGUGCGGAAGGCGACCCUCCAAACCCUCCGGACCCUCACACGCCCUCUCGUCUUAGAACCCACUCAAACACAUACCAACGGAAACACGGAAGAUGACAAAGCUGUUAAAAGUGAAGUCAAAGAUAAUCAAAGUGAAAAUGUUGUUAAAAGUGAAAUCAAAGACAGUCAAAGUGAAAAUGUUGUUAAAAGUGAAAUCAAAGACAGUCAAAGUGAAAAUGUUGUUAAAAGUGAAAUCAAAGACAGUCAAAGUGAAAAUGUUGUUAAAAGUGAAGUGAAUGAUAGUCAAAGUGGAAUAAAUGUUGUUAAAAGUGAAGAAGAUAAUGUCAAAAUUGAAGAAGACGUUAAAAUUGAAGCCAAUAGUGCCACAAAUGCAGUUAGUGAGAGUAAAAGUGAAGUAAAUGAUGGUAAAUCUGAAGUGAAAGAUGUGAAAUGUGAUAUAAAGAGUGAAGUGAACGGCCUGGCUGACAAGUACCUGAACUGGACACCGGAGCUGCUGCAGGAGGCGAUGAGGCAUGUUUACCAGAGGAUCCUGUUUGAACAUGUCCAUGAAAUUCAAGAGAUAGCUUUACAGGUGUGGGAGAACUUCCUGCAGCACGCGCCGCUGUCGACGAUCCUGGUGUGCGCGUGCCCCAUGCUGGCCACGUGGCUGUGCCUCGCCAUGCAGCCCGCCAGGAUGUACGUGGACCCGGGGCUGCUGCUGCACGCGCCUCCCAAGGAGCGUCGCGUGCGCACCAACUCGCAGUCGUGCCUGGAGGGCGAGAUCCCGCCGGAAGGCCGUCCGUCGCAGAAGUGGUACGUGGGCGGCAGCGAGUCGCAGCCCGCCGCCGCCAGGGACCGCAACGUCAUGCGCGCGCGCUGCCUUGCCGCGCAGGUGCUAGGACACCUAUCGUGUUACCUGGUGCAACCAGCGCCUGGCAUAGAGUACAAACUUGAAGACGAGAGCCCUAUAGACUGUUAUGUAAAGGUGAUGGUGGUGUACCUGCGGUCGGGCAGCGGGCUGCAGCGCACCGUGGCCAGCCUCGUGGUGGCAAUGUGGGCGCGGCACACGCGGGAAGCCCGCCUCUACCCGCCUGACAUACACCCGCGGAGCCCCCAGGAGGAUGACAAUGAUAUAUCAAAGUUGGCGCCGCCGCUGCUGAUCACCACUAUACACACGGCACUGAACCAAGCUCUCUACUACGACGAAGUGGCGCUCACUUGUAAUAGGAUACUCCAAGAGGCUCGCGACCUACACGCCAUGAUGAAGCACUACAAACUGCCGGUUGAUGGAGAAGAGUUCAACAAUAUUAUAAGACUAGAGCAGGUGGUCCACCUGACGUCCGUGACGCAGCCCAUGGUGGCAAGCAUGAAGUCCAAGCGCGUGUCGUCCACCCUGGAGGAGCGCCGCAGCGCGCUGCAGGCCGCCGUCACGCAAGCCGCCACCGACCAGAACACACUCAACGUGUCGGUCCAAGCCGCCUUAGCCGGCGCGUGCGCGAACCUGCACUGCCUGCCAGAGAAGCUGAACCCAGUGGUUCGACCGCUGAUGGAGAGCAUCAAGAAGGAGCCCUCAGAGGAGCUGCAGAGCAACUCGGCGGACACACUGGCGACGCUGCUGCACCAGCUGGCGUCGCGGGAGCCCUGCCCCAACAAUAAAGUGCUCGUCAACUUGAAGGCGUUUCUCAGGUGCGACCCGGAGUACACGCCUCGGGUAUCCUUGGAGAACACAGAAGAAAACGGGGAGAGCGCCAGCGACAGCGGGAAUGAGGGCAACUCCGCCACCGCCGUACACGGACCCACUUUGGACAAGUACAGGGGCAUCCUGACGCUGUGGGAGCAGCAGCGCGUGGCGGAGCGCGGGGCUCCGCGCCGCGGCCGCCCGCCCGCCGCGCUGCAGCCACCGCCCGACGCCGCGCUGCUCGAGGACGACUCGCGCAAGCUACUGCGCAUCCAGCGUCGCGGCGCCACCCUGGCACUAACAAGCCUCACCAAGUACUUCGGUGACCAACUGCCAGAGAAACUGCCCAAACUGUGGGAGUUCAUCACCGAGCCGUUCGCUAAAGUUAUGAGUGAUAGUGAGCUGGAGUCGAUGCAGCAGGAGCGCGCGGAGGAGCUGAUCUCGUGCCUGCAGGUGGUGGAGGUGGUGGCGCCGCACGUGGCGGCGGCGCUGUGGCCGGCGCUGCGCGGCGGCGCGGGCGCGGGCGCGCGGCUGGCGCGCGCGCCGCACACGGCGCUGCGCCACAUGGCGGCGCGCGCGCUGGCCGCGCUGGCCGCGCGCGAGCCCGCGCCGCUCAUGCGCGCGCUGCUGCUGGAGCUGGUGCCUGCUCUGAGCGACGUGCGCCACGACCGCAUGCGGUGCGGCGCCGCGGAGACGCUGUCGCGGGUGGUGGACGCGCUGCAGCUGCAGGUGGUACCCUACAUCGUGAUGCUGGUCGUGCCGCUCUUAGGUCGUAUGAGCGACCACUGCGAAGCGGUCCGAGUGAUGUCGACGCGGUGCUUCGCGUCGCUCAUCCAGCUGAUGCCCCUCGACGGCAACAUCACGGAGCCCCCAGGGCUCACCCCCGACAUGAAAGCCCGGAGAGCCCGCGACAAGCUCUUCCUGGAACAGCUCUUCAAUCCCAAGAUGAUCAAGGAUUAUAAAAUCCCUGUGCCCGUGUCUGCUGAGUUGAGGAGUUAUCAACAAGCUGGUGUAAACUGGCUGCGCUUCCUAUACGAGUACAAACUUCACGGCGUUCUUUGCGAUGACAUGGGCCUCGGGAAGACUCUUCAAUCCAUCGUGGUGGUAGCCGGGUCUCACUACGAGCGGCAACAGAGCCGGCAACCAGCGCUGCCCUCGCUGGUGGUCUGUCCACCCACACUCACAGGGCACUGGGUGUUCGAAGUAAACAAAUUCAUCCCGUCACAAUACCUCAAGCCUCUUCAGUACGUAGGGCCUCCGAUAGAACGCGAACGUUUGCGCACCCAAGUGAAGUACUACAACCUCAUAGUAGCGUCCUACGACAUCGUGAGGAAAGACAUCGACUUCUUCACCAAGAUUAAGUGGAACUACUGCAUAUUGGAUGAAGGGCAUGUUAUAAAGAACGGGAAGACGAAGGCCUUCAAAGCUAUCAAGCAGCUAGUCGCUAAUCACAGGUUGAUAUUGUCUGGGACGCCGAUACAGAACAACGUGCUGGAACUGUGGUCGCUCUUCGACUUCCUGAUGCCGGGCCUGCUGGGCACGGAGCGUCAGUUCACGGCGCGGUACUCGCGGCCCAUCCUCGCGGCCCGCGACGCGCGCGCCUCCUCGCACCACGCGCAGGCCGGCGCGCUGGCGUUGGAGGCGCUGCACAGACAGGUGCUACCGUUCCUCUUGCGGCGCGUGAAGGAGGACGUGCUCAAGGAGCUGCCUCCGAAGAUCACGCAGGACUACUAUUGCGAGCUGAGCGCGCUGCAGCGGCGUCUCUAUGAGCACCUGUCCCGCGAGCACAUGCCCAGCGGCCUCGGAGACAACUCGCACACCCACGUCUUCCAGGCGCUCCACUACCUGCAGAACGUGUGCAACCACCCGAAGCUGGUGCUCACGGCGGAUCACCCUGAGACCCCCAAGGUUCAGCAGCAGCUGCUCGCGCAGAACUCUUCGCUCGAUGACAUCGAGCAUUCCGCCAAGUUGCCGGCUUUAAAACAACUGCUCCUUGACUGCGGCAUCGGGACGACACCGUCGGAGAACGAGGCCGAAGUCGUAGUCUCCCAGCAUCGAGCUCUAAUAUUCUGCCAACUGAAGAAGAUGUUGGACAUCGUGGAGAAGGACCUCCUCCAGCGCCACCUGCCGGCCGUCUCGUACCUGCGGCUGGACGGCAGCGUGCCGCCGGCGCAGCGGCACGCCAUCGUCACCAGGUUCAACAGCGACGUCUCCAUUGAUCUACUGCUGCUUACUACACAGGUGGGCGGCCUCGGGUUGAACCUGACGGGCGCGGACACGGUGAUCUUCGUGGAGCACGACUGGAACCCGAUGAAGGACCUGCAGGCCAUGGACCGGGCGCACCGCAUCGGACAGAAGAAGGUCGUCAACGUCUACCGGCUCAUCACGAGGGACACCCUCGAGGAGAAGAUUAUGGGAUUACAAAAAUUCAAAUUAAUGACAGCGAACACGGUGAUAAGCAGCGAGAACGCAGCGAUGGAAACAAUGGGCACGGAGCAGCUGCUGGACCUGUUCCAGCUGUCGUCCUCCGGCGGGCCCUCCGGCUCGCAGCCCGGGCCCGCGCCCAAGUCCCUCCUCGACGCCCUCCCCGACGCCUUGCCAGACCUCUGGGACGACAAACAGUACGAGGAAGAGUACGACAUGACCAACUUCAUCAAGGGGCUCAAUAAGAUGAACGGUUAAAUGAUGGCUGGUUUACGAGAUUCUGGAAAAAUAGUUUGCAAGGUUGUGUUGGAUUGCUGGCUGGAUCGAUUUUUAGUUUAAGGACAUUGCUGAUUGUCCGAAAUAGUGAGAUGAUUCCGCUUCAGAGGGCACGUUAAGCCGUUGGUCCCGGUUAUUAGCCGUAAAAAAACACCUCCACUAAUCCGCAGUGGAGCAGCGUGAUGGUGGAGUAUGCUCCAUACCUCCUUCCGGUUGAUUGAGGAGAGGCCUGCAUUGGGGCGUAUAUAGGCUGCGGCGAUCCAUUUUUAACCAUUUUUUCAUUACCUUCUCUUUACGUAGUUUGAUAGAUACUCCAUGAUUAUGUUAUCUGACCAUGAUAGUGCUUCUGUGCCAAGAAUGAGUGCAAGGUGUGACUUGUGUCUUAUAAAAAUGUGUCAAGUCCGAAUAAUAGAUGUCAAAUUAAAGCUAACCUGUAUUGCCAGAGCAAUGCAACUUAAAAUCUAGAUUAUCAUGUCGAUGAUUGCUUAGAAAUGUGUGUCUUGCAAAGUUAAGACGAAAUUGUUAAUGCGUAAAUGGAAAUAGGGUAGUAAUUGUAAGAGAAGACUUUGAAACUUAUAAAGUGUGGUAGAUAACUUUAGCGUCCCAUAAGGAGAUUGGCCUUAGACUGGAUGGAUCGCAAUUAUAAAGAACAAUAAAUAAUGAUUUGUAAUAAAGUAGUAGUGAUAAAAUAUGAUUCAUAUGGAAUUCUUACGGAAAAAUCAUGUUUUGUUUCACUAUCAAAUAAAUAUGACACAACGUAAUUACAAUGUUACUAGUAGUAUCUAUAAUAGCAGAAAUAAAAAAGAUAUUUAAUAUUACCAGCUGAGAAAAUAUUUUUAUUUUUAAAAACGUUGGAAUUCUAUAAAAAUUCUGUAGAAAUAAAAUAAAUUUUAAUGUUAGGCAAGUAGCUGUAGUGGUAACCAAGCCAAAACAAAAAGAGUUCUAAUCUAGAUAUAAUUCUUAUAUUCCCGCAACUUUGCAUGUUUAUAAAUAUUUAUUUAGUUUUCUCACAUAAAAUUACGUAAGACAUUUUGUAAUGUGUGAUUGAUUGAAUACAACUUUCCAUGUAAGUUCCUUGUGUAAGAAAUACCUCAAUGUUUCAUUUCUUUUCUUUUUAUUUAUUGUGUAGCGUUGUAAGGAAGCAAGUCAUUGAUUUAGUCAUUUUUGUAGUGUUAGUGAGCGUUUGCCUCAUUUUAUGUUUAUAAAGUUUGAUUUUGUACCUGCGUGAAAAGGAAAUAUACAAAUACAUUUCCAAACGUCGUCUCGAACUAUCGCGUAUAAAAUAUUUUAAGUGCAUGUGCUGAUUUGUAAUGAUAACAUCACUUUAUUCUCGUAUUUAUUGUAUUUUCGUUCUCUUCUCAUUAUGUUGUGGUCUUGUGUUUUGAUGGAAAUAAAUUACGUUUUUGAUA